UUUCUUGAGUGUAUUUAUUUGAAAAUAAGAGAAACGUAUACACAUAUGCAUACAUAAAUAAGUAAAUAGAUAAAAACUAAAUAAAGGAAGAAGUACAUAUUAUUUAUAUAUAUCGUCAAGUACACAUGUGUAAGUGUACGUGCAUAAUGAAAUGCGAGAAAUAGGCGUAGUUAACUACAAAUAUUACCGAGUGAUGGAGACACUAGUAGUAAGAAGCCUGAUAUGUAGGAGGGGGAAGGAAUGUUCAUGCUUUUGAUGCAAUGUCGUCAUUUAAAUAAUUAUACAUUCAACUAAAUGCAUGCAAUGACUCAAAAUGGCAUCAGUAGAAACCCGAAAAAGUUCUACAAGUUCUUCAAACCCACAAAGUCCAGUUAUAUCCAAAUCACAAAAGGAAUAUUCACAGUUAUCAAAUGUUCAAGAUGAACAUAAUUCCAUUAAUACUGUUAACAAGGAAGGAAGUAAAAUUGUAACUACAGAUACAGAAGAUAAUGCUAAUGAGGAAUUGCAUGUCAAAAGUUGUGAUCAAAAGAAAAAUGAAAAUGAGGAGGAUGUGAUUAUUUUGGAGAACAAUAAGAAAGAAGAGAAAUGUAACAUAAAUAAAAUAGAACAUGUACAGGAUACAGAAAGUCUGAAUGUAACUUCAUCUGAUUUUGAGAAUGAUUCCAAGGCUAAUAAAAAUGAGAAUGCAAAAGAAACUGCAGUUAAAAUUGGAAAUAGUUUAAAAAGGACACGGCGAAGUUUUGUUACUCAAGAGGCAGAAUUGCUUUUAGAAGAAACUAAUUCCAGAAGUAAACGAAAGAAAAAGAACACGAGCGAUAGAUUUUGUUGGCGAUGUCACAAAGAAUCUGUGGAAGCACAAUGCAGCGCUUGUCCUAGGUCAUGGCAUCGGAAAUGUAUAGGAAUGCAGCAAUCGACUAUCCAAAAUUGGAUAUGCGGAGAAUGUGCAUCGAUUUUACGUGCAGAAAAUGCAGAAACACGCUCCACAGCUAUGGCACAAUUAUCCGUUGAUCAGUUAUGCUUAUUAUUGAAACAUGUAGUGGAGAGAAUGAGAGAGUAUCCUGGUUCAGAACCAUUUUGGAAACCGGUGGAACUUUCCGAGGCUCCAAAUUAUCUCGACUACGUGGUGAAGCCAAUGGAUUUGAGCCUUUUGGAAUCAAAUGUUCGAUCUAAACUGUACGGUAGUACGGACGCGUUCAUGGCCGAUGCUAAAUGGGUACAACAUAACUGUAUUGUAUUUAACACAUGUGGUGGUGUAUACACUGAUACAUCUAAGUUGACGAAUGCUGCGAAGCAGAUGAUUAAACUGGCACGCCAAGAAGUAUCAGAAAUCGAAGCAUGUCCUGACUGUUACGCACAUGGAAGGAACUUACCAAGGCCACAGCCAGCAUGGUUUAUCGAACCGUGUCGUCGUCCUCAUCCGCUUGUGUGGGCUAAACUGAAAGGCUUUCCAUUCUGGCCUGCAAAAGCUAUGCCUCGAAUGAACUCUCAAGGCUUCGUAGAUGUACGUUUUUUUGGUGAACAUGAUCGAGCAUGGGUUUCACCACGAGACUUGUAUCUAUAUUCGGAAGAUCCACCUGUUCCAUUACCACGAAAAAGAAGAUUGGAUAUGGAAGAAUGUGUUAAGGAAAUUACUCGUCAUUGUCGAAAGCUUGAGCUUGUAUUUGGACAAUUUAAAUUUGCUCCUCCUAAAGUGCAAUACAAUCCGCAUGAUCCGACGCAAAUAAAAUUAAUGUUACCAAAUUAUGAUCCCCUUCACUCUAAUAACUGCGUGUCUUCGCAACUUUCGGUUCCCAAGAAGAAACCAUCUUUCAAAAAGCGAUUACACGUUAAAAGUAAGUCACAAAGCGAUUCAGAGAAAGCAGACAACAAUUCCGAUACGGAGAAUAAAAUAUCAAAUGACUUUAAUGCUGUGACUUUAACCGAGGCUAACAAAACUGAAAGUACUAAAUCACCAUCUAAACUAGUACAGGAAGCUGAUAAACUUCCAAAAAUCGAAACGGCCGCGGUUACAGGUGUCAGUUCCAAUCAAUCAAUGGAAAAGGAGAGUAAAGAGUACAUACAAGCCGAUAAAAAUGUCUCGGCGAAGUUGGAGACGGUAAUGAAAGAAAAUACAAAGCCAAGUACAAGUAAAACUAAUGCGAAUCAUGUAAACAAUGAAAGUAAUACGCCCAAAGUGGAAAAAAAUAACAACUCUGAAAUAGCAGUGAACGAUAAUACAAAAUCUUUGGGAAAUUUAUCAAGGCAAGCAGUAACGUCUUCGAAGAAGCACGCGGUAAAUAACACUGAAAUGGCCAAAAAGGAAUCUCUCUUGAAAGUUAAUGUUCAAAAUAAAGGGGAUGUCAGUAAAAAUUCGUUAAAUUCGCAAGAGAAUAGUUUAAAAACUACUGAAAGCGUAGCGACUGUUUAUAAACCGAAAACUAGAAUAGUUGAUAAACUGAACGCCGAAAAAGCUUUAAAGUUUAUUACAAUCGAACAAAAUCAGAAAUCGAACACGAUAGAAUCGACGAUCUCGAUUAAAGAGAAGGAUUCAACGUCAUUCAAGGAUUGCAACUCUAAAAGUAGCAAUGAUGAUAAUUUAAAAGCACCGAUGAUUUCAACGUCUGUCAAUAAGACACAAGUCGAAGUAGACGUUGAUGUCAAUGAUACUCAUGGAAAAAAUGCAAAAGAUCAGUCUGGCAUGUUAGUUGCUGGUUUAAACGAUGGUACGUCUAGCACCAUGAAAAAGUCUACCGGUAAUUUAAUCGGCGAGAAGGAAAAAAGAAACGAUGUUUCGAUAAUUCAGAAGGCUUCAAGAGAUACGCCGCCACAAACAUCUUAUCAAACGAAGGAAAGUAAAGCAAAAAAAUCGUUUCCCAAUAAAGCUCGUGAUUGUCCGCAAUUAAUUCCACGCUCAUCAACUAGCGCACUAUCCAAUUCGAUCGAUUCAAUGGUUCAUAUCUCAGCACAUCAGGUUGAAAAUUGUGCCGAAUAUCAAAUGCUGCCACCAGAAGCAGGGCCGAUUAGUGCCCGUUUGUACCACGGUGCUCAAGAUUUAGCCAGAAAAAUGGCUCGAUUGAUGGAAGAAGCAUAUAAGGAAGCAGCGCAAGAGACUCAAAAUUGCGAAAGCGGCGGUGGUGGCGGUGGUGGUGGCGGCGGCGGCGCCAUGUCCGAAAAUCAUCAAGUAACCGUUCAUUUUUUACGAUUACAAAUAGAACGUAUGAGAUGGCAACAUCAACAACAAUUAGCCGAACUGAAACACAACACUGACAGAAUAUUAAGAGAAAUGAAGGCAAGUUUAGAAGCUGAACGAUUACGCGCUAUAGAAGAAACUCGUAGGGAAGCCGAAGAAGAAAAAGUACGGUGUGUCGAAGAGAUCAAACGUAAACAGUGGUGCGCAAUGUGCGGUCGGGAAGCAUUGUUUUAUUGCUGUUGGAAUACAGCGUAUUGUGAUUAUCCUUGCCAACAAUCACAUUGGCCAAUGCACAUGAGGACAUGCGCUCAAAAACCAUCGUUCACUACUAUUGUUACCAGUUCCACUGCGAAUUCGAGUCAACAGCAGAAUCAUAAUACCAAAGUAAACAGCCCUACUGACAGGGUAUAUGCGUUAUCUUGUGGUAAACUGAAGGAGAUAUCGGCACCUCUAUCCUUGUCUUGUUCUAAAAACGAAGAUAAUGGAAACUCGUCAUAG